CGAGCUCGACCCGUAUAAUCGAGUCCCUAGUUCCCCGUCCUGAUUUGGAAAGUGAAUAAACGGCAAAAGUCGCAUCCACUUCCAAUUCAAAGCAAAUCUUCCUCUGUACUUUUACUUUCCAUACAAACUGCUCCUUCAAUCUUCCCUCUAAAACAUCUUUCUUCUUUCCCUUCACUGCAAACACUGUGAUGAUUAGGGCUUUGCUCAACCCAUCAACCACCCACUCUUUCUUUAUCUGCCCUUCUAUUUUUCUUCGUCAAAAUCCUAAUUUUGUUAUACAUAAAACCUAAUUCCAAUUGAAAAGAGGGAUUCUUUUUAAAAUUUAGGUGAAAAUGGGAAAAUGGAAUCGAAGAAAUUAUGCGCGGCCAAGGAAUUAUAAAUAUCAAGAUUAUCAAUGGUCUCCUCCCAGAGAUGAGCCUUGCCCUGACCCUGAAACUGUGUGGCUGUGAUCUGAAAUGUUGCUUUACCGUACAUCAGAGGUUUGGCAGGACAAUGUGCCAAUGUGGGAGAAAAAGUUUUGCUAUGUAGUGGGACGGAUGCCAUGGAAGAAGGUACUGAGUACAAAGAAUUUCAUGAGUGGCCAUAAUAUUGUGCUAAACUGGGACGAUCUGGCCGGAAAAGAGGCAUUUCAUACUGCCAAAAAACGCUUUUGGGAUGAGAUGAAUGGGAUUCCAUGUGAAACUCAGCUCCCUAAUCCAGAUAUGUACAUUGAUGAAAUAGACUGGAACCCUUAUAUAGAUCCAAAUCUAGCAAAGGAGUUGGAUCGAGCCUUCUUUAAUCCAGAUGAUAAGUAUUACUUACCUUCUGCUUCUAGAUCAAAAGAUAAUUGUGGAUGGCCUGAUGAUGCCAAUGAUCCUUGGGAACAUGGUCCUGUACAGAGUUGCAUGGAGAAAAAUAAAGCACCAGGUUGGGGCCAGUGGGAUAAUUCUGUGAAUGCCACAAGCAAGUCGAAUAAAGAUGAUCCUUGGGAGAGCUGUAUCGUAAACGAAAAUGGAGCUGUCACUGAUAAAACUAUUGGGUGGAACCAGUGGGAUAAUUCUGGUAAUCAUACAAGUAAGCCGAGUACGGAUUUUAACCCUUGGGAAAACCAUUGCAUACAGGGAAACGAAGAUAUUAAGGAUAAUACUUGGCGAGGUGAAAGGAAUACAUCCUGGGGUUUACAACCAAAUACUUAUUCUGACAUGUCAAAGAACGGGAGUGCUAAUGCUAAUUCAUGGAGAAACGAAAGUUCUGGAUGGAAAGAUUGUGGAGCAAGUUCAAGGAGUUGGAACCAAGAGACAGGAAGGGUACCCUUUACCAGUUAUUGGAGUACCAGUAAUAAAAAUAAGCGUGAAGAAUACAGUUCAUAUAGGGGUAGCAGAAUGCCAAAUGGUAGGAGCAACCAAUGGGGGCAUAAACCAAGGGAUAGGUCUAACUGGGGCCCGAAAGAUUCUGUAAAUAUCCAUAGAGGCCAAGGGCAGUUCAAUGCAGGUUGCCGAAAACGAGAAGGUCCUGAUCACUAUGUAGCAAACCAUAAGGGCCCAAGGUUACAAGGGGAUGACCAACCUUAUUUCUGGAAUGGAGGUAACGAUAAGAGGCCGAGUUAUGCAGGCCAAUAAUCUUAAUUGUGUGUGUUCCUACAAUUUUUGGAUGCACUUCCAGUGUUAGAUGAUAGGUCAAAAGUACAUAUCAGGUGCUGGUAUCAUUGUAUCCAUGUAUGGAGAGAUGAUAGGUGUUAGAUGAGAUUGUGACACCCUUUUUAAAUGUGGUGUCUGUGAUCUUAUGUGCUGCUAUGAGCUAUCCACCUAUUUUGGUUUUUGUUAGUAUAGAAGUAAUAUGGAUUAAUUGGCUUUAGUAGUGGUGUCAUUGUGUUUUUAUAUGCUUUGGUGUAUAUAUAGUGUUUGUGUUGGUGAACAUGGCGUAAAAAGCGCAAUUUUUACUCUUAUUUGAUGCUUCACCCUUACACUAAUAUUAGCAACAUAAACGCUGUAUACCAGGCCAAAAACAUUAUUCAUCCAUGUGUUAAGUUGCAA